CCUUUUUCCAUUUCAGGAGUCUGUGGUCCCCGCUUGACACCAGCCAUGUUUCUUCCGCUCGUCCUGCAGGUCAACAGGAGUCCAUUCUCUCUUCUUGGGUCUGUUCGGACUGCCACAAAGCGUGCUGGAGGCACCGUACGCAACCAUGGAGGUUCACCGGGAAAACGCCUGGGCUUGAAGAAGUUCUCAGACCAACAUGUCAUACCUGGCAACAUAAUCGUGCGACAAAGAGGCACACAGUUUCAUCCUGGUCAAAACGUGAAGAUGGGACGUGACCACACUAUUUAUGCCACUGCACCGGGCUUUGUCCGCUUCUACAAGGAAAAAUGGAUGAGCAGUGACCGCAAAUUCGUCGGUGUCGUCCUCGAUCGGGGCGAGAAGCUACCAAGAGACGAAGCCGUAUUAGGCCGCAGUCGAUACUGUGGACUGGUCAAUCUUGGACCAGCAAAAAGUGGCCAAUCAUCGCCAGCUCAUUUGUGACCGAAGUAACUGUAGACUCGUGCUGCCGCUCUCGACACCUACAUAUAACUUGGCUAGUGCUCCCAAACUAAUACACACCGCAUACUCGAUGCAUUCAUGUAUACCGCAGAUCUUCUCUUCAGAGAAACGGUGAAUCCAGUAUCUACUGCUG